UGCCUAGGGUGCAGCGUUGCAGGGCUUCCUUCGACCUACGAGUACCGUAGCAGAAGAAGUAGAACAAGAGUGUAGGCUGUAAAAUGUGCACAAUCUGCGGUGAAAUUGUUAGUUAGCAGUGAAGGUCGCAAGAGAAAAGAGAGUGUCAUAGAGUGGAGCAGAAAGAGAAAAGAGCGCAAAGUGUGAGAAGAAAUUGGAAUCGGAUGUAUUGUGAGGAGAAUAUACGGGACGUUGCUUCUGCUGCACUGAGUACGCUUCGGUCUACAAAAAGUUGCAGUGGUGAGGAAUUGUUGUUGUUCCGACGGAAUGCAACUUCCGGUGUGCCUGUUUCACACCUGGUGGUGACCUGGUGCUGAAUGGCAGGCACAGCCCCUAGGUGAUGACAUGAGACGGGGGAUUGGCGGGGAUCGUGUGAUGGUUUCAAUGACUAAAAUUGACCUUGGUAUUAUAUUCGGCUCGAUAUGAGUGGAGACCAGGAGUCACCGCCAACUUCUUCAUCACUUUCCCCGUUUGCGUCUGUUUUCGAGUGUGUUUCUUUCGAGAUUCACCCCGCUUCCUUUAGCGCGCGCGAGGAGGUAGGGAGGGAGGGAAGGAGAGGGAAGGUCGGCAUGGUGCAGACAACGGGAGCGCCCGUCGUGGUGUCUGCGCCUACGGCGUGUCAAGUGCAGUGCGCCGGGUGCCGCCGUAUUCUGAACGUCCCCUCCGGUAUUCUCAAUUUCCAGUGUCCGAAAUGCAAGCUACCGCAAGUGCUGCCCCCGCAGUUGCGAUCAUCGCAAGGCUUGGCGCGUGGAAUUGACAGCACCAAAAUUCAGCUUCCGUGUGCUAAUUGUCGAGCCGUACUUAAUGUUCCCCCCGGCCUCACUCGAUUCGUCUGCCCGCAGUGUCGCGUGGAACUCGCGGUGGAUCCUGUGAAACUUGCCGCUUACAUGAGUUCGUUGUCGCAGUUGAAUGCCCUCGGAAGUGGACAGGGAUUGCUGCCUACAGGAGUGUCUGCUGGUGGCUUGCCUGGUAGCCUUGCGGAUGCAAUGGACGACACAGGUUGGAACAGUAAGCAGCUCCACGGUGCGGGGGGCUUCGCCAUGGAGGAAGUUAACGAGGUGGCUUUAGAAGUGGAGCAAGAGGAGGACGAAGCUGGAACCAUAGGAGAUACUUUCACAGACUAUAAACCUUCGAAGCUGUCAAUAGGCCGACCGCAUCCUGAUCCAAUUGUGGAGACAGCCUCUUUAUCAGCUGUGCAGCCUCCAGAGCCUACAUACGAACUUGUUAUUAGGGAGGAAAUGGAGAAAUCAGGGGCUCUAUCAUGUUUGCAACUCGAGACUAUUGUUUAUGCUUCACAGAGGCAUAUGCAGCAUCUCGCAGACGGCACAAGAGCAGGUUUUUUCCUGGGGGAUGGAGCAGGAGUUGGCAAAGGACGCACCAUUGCUGGAUUAAUCUGGGAAAAUUGGAAACGGGAGAGAACCAAGGCUCUGUGGCUUUCAGUUGGCUCUGAUCUCAAAUUUGACGCACGACGGGAUUUGGAUGACGUAGGAGCGAUGGAGGUUGAAGUUCACGCGCUCAAUAAGUUGCCGUAUGCCAAAUUGGACUCAAAGGCUGUGGGAGUCAGGGAAGGGGUGUUGUUUCUUACGUACAGUAGUUUAAUAGCAUCUUCUGACAAAGGAAGAUCGAGAUUGCAGCAGCUGGUGCAGUGGUGUGGUCCUGAUUUUGACGGGCUUUUGGUUUUUGAUGAGUGUCACAAGGCCAAGAACCUUGUUCCCGAAGCAGGAGGUCAAGCCACACGAACUGGUGAAGCGGUUCUCGAAAUACAAAACAGAAUGCCAGACGCUCGUGUCGUCUACUGCUCAGCCACUGGAGCAUCCGAACCUCGAAAUAUGGGUUACAUGGCCCGUCUUGGGUUGUGGGGCUCUGGAACAGACUUUCCGCAGUUCUCAGCUUUUCUUGGUGCACUUGAAAAGCGUGGAGUUGGAGCUCUUGAGCUUGUGGCCAUGGACAUGAAAACAAGAGGGAUGUACGUCUGUCGGACACUCAGUUUCAAAGGGGCUGAUUUUUCUAUCGACGAAGUACCUCUGGAGGUCAAAAUGCAGAAUAUGUACAUGCAGGCAUGCUUUUUCUGGAGUACGUUGCGUGUGGAACUCAUGUCUGCUUUGGACGCUCUUCAAGAAAGGCGACCAAGUCAAAAUCAACUUUGGCGGUUAUACUGGGCAAAUCAUCAACGCUUUUUCCGUCACAUGUGCAUGUCUGCAAAAGUGCCUGCAGCUGUAAGGUUAGCCAAGCAGGCACUGGAAGAAGAGAAAUGUGUUGUGAUAGGCUUGCAAAGUACAGGUGAAGCACGCACAGAAGAAGCUGUAAACAAAUACGGCGUCGAGCUUGAUGAUUUUGUGUCAGGGCCACGGGAGCUGUUGCUGAAGCUCGUAGAGGAACAUUAUCCUCUUCCUCAGGAUCCUGCAACUGCAGAAGCUGAAUCAGAUCCAGACUCGGCAGGAAGUGAAGAGGAAAGCAGCACCUGUCAUGUUUGCAUGAUUGAAGAUGUAGCGCAUCAUUUUUUGGAGUGCACUAGGUGCGGAACUGUUGUUCAUCCAGCUUGUCUUACCCCACCUCUAGGAGAAAAUGCAGAUUGCGACUGGUAUUGUGUUGGAUGUGGUGAGAAGACCAGCGAUUAUCAAGUAGAGCGUCGCCGCUAUUUCUCCGUAGUUUCGCGCAGACAUGAAGUGGCAAAGGCGAGGAAGAGUAAGAUCUUGGAUACUGUUCGAGCUCUUGAAUUGCCAAACAAUCCAUUGGAUGAUAUUAUUGAUCAGUUGGGAGGUCCAGACCGCGUUGCAGAAAUGACUGGACGGAGGGGUAUGCUGGUGCGAGCACAGAAUGGAAAAGGGGUUAUCUACCAAGCGCGAAACACAAAAGACGUAACAUUGGAAAUGAUUAAUAUGCACGAGAAGCAGCAAUUUAUGGAUGGGAAGAAAUAUGUUGCAGUCAUUUCAGAAGCAGCAUCAGCUGGAGUGUCUCUUCAAGCAGACAGAAGAGCUGCAAAUCAGAGGAGAAGAGUGCACAUAACAUUGGAACUGCCUUGGAGUGCCGACCGUGCAAUCCAACAAUUUGGGAGAACUCACAGAUCCAAUCAAACUUCUGCUCCUCAAUACAGAUUAUUGUUCACAAAUCUUGGUGGAGAGCGUCGAUUUGCAUCCAUUGUUGCUAAGCGUCUGGAGAUUCUCGGGGCUCUGACUCAGGGUGAUAGAAGAGCUGGCCCGUCACUUAGUGCCUUCAAUUAUGACAGUGUUUAUGGAAAAAAGGCACUUGCAAGCACAUAUAAGUCUAUCAUGGAGCAGGUGGAGCCGUUGGUAAUACCACCUGGGUGUCCUAGUGGAGAUUCGGCCAAGGCGAAGGACUUCUUUCACCAGUGUAGGCAGGCGCUUCUUACUGUAGGGAUUAUUCGUGAUGCAGUCGGUGUAAAUCAAAGUAAUGGUACAACAAAGCCAUUUACAAGACCCUCAGGAAGGAUAGCAGAAGCGGAUUUGCAUGACGUGGGGAGGUUUCUCAACAGGGCUCUAGGGCUACCACCAGAUAUCCAAAAUCGGCUCUUUGAGUUUUUUGUAAGUGUGUUUGAUGAACUCAUACGGGAUGCUCGGAAAGAGGGUCAAUUUGAUUCUGGAAUAGUGGACAUUAAGGCCAGCACAAUCGAAUUAUGUGGUGCUCCAAAGACAGUCCAUGUGGACUCUAUGUCUGGAGCGCCAACUACACUUUUUAUUUUGGAGACAGAUCGAGGUCUCACUUGGGAGGCUGCGAGUAAGUUACUUGAAGAUCACACUGAUGGCAGUGAUAAUUCCAUUUAUCGAUCUAGACGCGAAUGGCUUGGUAGAACACAUUAUCUUCUCGCCCUAGAAAGAUCUGGAUCAAAUCCUAAAGCUUUCAGAGUCUUCAGACCGGCUAGUGGUGAAGCUCCAAGGGAGAUGUCAUUAUCUGAACUGCGUAGCAAGUAUAUCAAGGAAUCAUCAUUAGACCGGGCUAAGGCUGGUUGGCUUGAGGACUUCACCAUCUCAGCAGAUCAAUGUCUGCAUGGACCGAAGUGCAAAUUGGGGUCUGGCUGCACGAUUGGAAGGAGAGUACAGCAGGUACAUAUUCUGGGAGGCCUAAUUUUACCCGUGUGGGGCACGGUGGAGAAGGCUCUGUCUAAACAGAUAAGAAAAAGUCACAAGAGGUUGCGCGUUGUGCGACUUGAGACGACCACCGAAGGUCGUCGGAUUGUGGGUCUUCACAUUCCUAACACCGCAGUUGAAGCAGUUUUGUCAGGACUUACUGACCUCCAAGUCAAAGCAAUGGACGAUUCAGUUGAAUAGUCAUAAGAAGACUCUUGUACAGUUUUGUAAAUUUUCUUUGGACGAUUUUACUUUAUCACAAAUUCAUCACUGACCUUGCAGUGCUAAAUUUCUCACAUUGCUAAAGACUACCAUAGCAUUCAUGACCUUAUUAUACGAUCGACGUUGAAUGUCCUCAACCAA